CGCCCAGCUCGUGCUCGGUGAGGCUCAGCGCGGCGCCUGGCAGAGCCCUCCUAGCUAUAAUGUAAUUUCAGAUUGGACAAGUGGCCAGACCAUGAUGCACAGUGGCGAUCAUGCACCAAGAAGCUACUAUGUGGGUGUGGAUGUUGGGACAGGCAGUGUUCGUGCGGCUCUUGUGGACCAGGAGGGUGUCCUUGUGGCUUUUGCAGACCAGCCAACUAAGAAGUGGGAGCCUCAGUUCAACCACCAUGAACAGUCUUCUGAGGACAUUUGGGCCGCCUGCUGUAUCGUCACAAAGAAAAUCAUGCAAGGGAUCGAUUUAAGCCAAGUUCGAGGUCUUGGGUUUGAUGCCACAUGUUCCCUGGUUGUUUUGGAUAAGGAGUUUCGUCCUUUACCAGUAAACCAUGAAGGAGAUUCCCGUCGAAACAUCAUCAUGUGGCUGGACCACCGAGCUGUCAGCCAGGUGCACAGAAUCAAUGAAACCAAGCACUGCGUCCUGCAGUAUGUCGGUGGGGUGAUGUCUGUGGAGAUGCAGGCCCCAAAGCUUCUGUGGCUGAAAGAGAACUUGAGAGAGACUUGCUGGGAUAAGGCGGGACAUUUCUUUGAUCUCCCAGACUUCUUAUCGUGGAAGGCAACAGGUGUCACAUCACGGUCUCUCUGCUCACUGGUGUGCAAAUGGACAUACUCCGCAGAGAAAGGCUGGGAUGACAGUUUCUGGAAGAUGAUUGGCUUGGAAGAGUUUGUUGCAGAUAAUUACAGCAAAAUAGGAAACCAAGUGCUGCCUCCUGGAGCUUCUCUUGGAAAUGGGCUCACACCAGAGGCAGCGAAAGACCUUGGCCUCCCUGCUGGAAUUGCAGUGUCUGCCUCCCUUAUUGAUGCCCACGCAGGAGGACUAGGAGUGAUUGGGGCAGACGUGAAGGGGCACGGCCUCGCCUGUGAAGGACAGCCAGUGACGUCACGGCUGGCCGUCAUCUGUGGAACAUCUUCUUGUCACAUGGGGAUCAACAAGAACCCAAUUUUUGUACCAGGAGUCUGGGGCCCCUAUUUCUCAGCCAUGGUCCCAGGGUUCUGGCUGAGUGAAGGUGGUCAAAGCGUCACUGGAAAACUGAUAGACCACAUGGUACAGGGCCACGCUGCCUUUCCUGAACUCCAGGCCAAAGCCACAGCCAGAUGCCAGAGUGUAUAUGCAUAUUUGAACAGUCACCUGGAUCUGAUUAAGAAGGCUCAGCCUGUGGGUUUCCUCACUGUUGAUUUACAUGUUUGGCCAGAUUUCCAUGGCAACCGGUCUCCCUUAGCAGAUCUGACACUAAAGGGCAUGGUAACUGGAUUGCAACUGUCUCAGGACCUAGAUGAUCUUGCCAUUCUCUACCUGGCUACAGUGCAAGCCAUUGCUUUUGGGACCCGCCUCAUUGUAGAGGCCAUGGAGGCAGCAGGACAUUCCAUCAGCACUCUCUUCCUGUGUGGUGGCCUCAGCAAGAACCCCCUCUUUGUGCAAAUGCACGCGGACAUCACUGCCUGGCAUCAGGAAAGUGCUAGAAUGAAGUGCCCAUCAAUCAAGAAGGGCAACAGAUGUGGAAGCAUAUCAGAUGUCAGUAAACAGCAAGCCUCCAGAGGCCUCUGGACUUGGCAUCCUCUCAGCAGAAAUACCCGGUUGCCUUCAAGAGGGAACACCAUGGACUUUUAUAAGCUGCAUUAAGCGAUGUAUUUUUUAUUAAUCUCCACUUUUUCUUAAGGGCAGACUUAAUGCUCACAGACUGUUCUAGGCUUUCAGCCCUGGAAGUGUAGGUCGUCAAAAUAUCUUCCCAGUAAUCAUGACAGGUUUCACGUUCAGCUUGUCUAGUACCCUCCCUUUUACUGUUAACAGUAUGAUUCAUGCUAUAAAUAAUAAAUAGGACCACAGUUAAGAGCACAGAUGCUGAUUUCAGAGAAACCUGGGUUCCAAUCCUGAGUCCAGUUCUAUAAACUAGGUUGAAGUGGACCCCUUCACCUCUCAAAGCUGGUUGUUAGAAAAAUAUAAUUAUUAAGAGCCCAUGCCUCAAAGAUGGUUGUUGUGAGACUGAGAUAAUAUAUAAAAAGUAGCACCAUUAAUGGAAUUUAUAAACUUUCAGUGAGAAUGACAUAAAAAGAUAGUAAUAUUGUGCUGCUACCUAUUUCAAUUAAGUGACAGCAAACCACACACUGUACUCUCUCUAUAUAAUUGAAAGGUGUUGGCUCAGCCUGUUUGCUUACAGACCAAUCACAUGUUCACCUCUCCCCUGCCUUGCUGCGUGUUGUUUCCCAGUGUCCCUGGCGACUGGCCUCUGGGCAAUGUCAGCCAGUGGGAGAUACUGGUAGAGGCUGGCAUGCAGGGAGAGGGGAGAAAUCGGACCAUUUCUCCCUUCACUAGGGCGACAGCUGCGUCUCCUGCGUGACUCCAGCACCCAGCCACCCAGUCAGGUCCCAGGCCUGAGCACUCUGCAGCUCCCAGGCUUCCGCUCCAGCCAGACAUCACCAGGUCCUGGCUCUGGUCACCAAUGCCUCUCCCCACCCCUUGAUCCUGAAGAGAGGUGGCACUUCUACUGUUAUGAUCUCUGAGUUGUUUCUGCAUCACCUGUUGGAUUCUUGCUUUUUCCUGUCACCUUU